AUGGCAUCACCCAACAACUGGGUAAAGAUUUUGGAGGUAGGCCAGGUUUCUCCGGCCAAGAAGUCAGGCGAGUCACCCUCAGGAUCUCUUCCUCUCACAUUUUACGAUGCAUUUUUUUUUGGGUUUCCUCCGGCUGAGCGUAUCUACUUCUACAAACUCACUGCCUCACCUUCAACAUUUUUCUACUCACAAAUCGUUCCGGGGCUCAAACAUGCUCUCUCACAAACCCUUGUCCACUUCCUCCCUCUAGCCGGAAAACUCACAUGGCCACCUCAUUCCUCUAAACCCGUCAUCGUCUACGCUCCAAGUGAUACAGUUUUACUCACGAUUGCGGAGUCUUCUGCUGAUUUUACUGGCUUGGUCAGCAAUGAAAUUCGUGAAGCAGCUGAGUUGCGGCAAUACAUACCCGAGUUGUUAGUUUCAGAUGCAAUGGCCUCUAUAAUUGCUCUGCAAAUUACUCUAUUUCCCAAUAAAGGGUUUUCCAUCGGCAUCGCUAUGAACCACACAGCUGUUGACGGAAAGAGCGCCUCCAUGUUCCUCAAAGCAUGGGCUCAUAUAUGCAAACAAAGCGAUAAUGGAAAAAUCAUCCCUUUAUUGCCAGAACUAAUCCCAUCCUUUGACAGGGCAUCCAUCGAAGACGCUUAUGGGCUUGAGCAAUUCUACUUGAAAGGGUGGCGAGACACGCCUGUAUCAGAUUCAGAGUCCAAUCAGCGAAGUGUUAAAUACGUGCCCAGUACUCUAGGAGUAGCACCCAAUCUAGUUCGAGCUACGUUUCAGUUAAGCCGUGAAAGCAUCCACAAACUCAGGGACAAUAUACUGAAUUACCACCAGCACCACGUUGGAUUAAAGUGUACACAACAGCUUCAUCUUUCAACAGUAGUGGUGGCAAGUUCUUAUUUGUCGGUCUGCUUGGUGAAGGCUAGAGGAGGAGAUAGUAAAAGAAGAGUGUACUUUGUGAUUGCAGUGGAUUGUAGGAGCCGCAUAGAUCUUUCAGUUCCAGCAAACUACUUUGGCAAUUGCCUUUAUGUCCUGGACAGGGCUGUAGAAGCAGGAACUUUCAUGGAGGCAAAUGGGGUGGCUGUUGUAGCAGAGAAGCUUAGCGAUUCAAUAAAAGGAUUGGGGAAGGGAGUUUUUGAAGGAGCAAAAGAGAGACAUGCCAAGUUGAGGGAUGAAGUAGAAGAGGUGCAAAAGAUUGGAAUAAUUGGAUCACCUAAGUUUAAGUAUUACGAGGAAGAUUUUGGAUGGGGAAGACCUGAGAAAGUGGAGAUUGUCUCCAUAGACAGGGUGAAUGGUGUUUCGUUGAUGGAUGAUAAAGAUGGGCGUGGAGGGAUUGAUAUUGGCUUGGUUUUGCCCGCACAUGAAAUGAAGGCCUUUGCUUCACUCUUUUUUCAAGGCCUAAGUGUCCUGUAA